AUGGACGACUUCAACGACUACAAAGACGUCUUCAUGACGAGAACAAUCUGGACCGAAGACUGCAAAUCCUGGUAUAAGAACAACGCCAACCCAACAGGAAAAAUCUCCGCCUUAUGGCCUGGAAGCACACUCCACUACCUCGAAUGCCUCGCCUCUCCUCGCUACGAAGACUACGAAUUCAGCUACUUCUCCGCUACAAACCGAUUCGCAUACCUCGGAAAUGGAUUCAAGACAAUAACCAUGGUCAGGAAAUCGCGGCUGUGGGAGAAACCGUAG